GUUUCGCAACAAUUUUUCGUGUGCACAUUGCGAGCCAUGCAUGACUAGCAUCGAUUGGUAACAUUUUCUGUCAAAUUUUCACUUAAUUGAACAUUUGAUUCGAUGAUUGGAGACACUCUCUGGAAAGUCAGUUGCGAGCUUCACCAUAAGAGCAGGUUUAAGAUUUAUUAAUAUUUCGUUUUAGACUUUAUUUUUGCAAAACAUACGGUAUGGUACAUGCCGUAUUAUUAUGACAGUCAGUGAUGUUGUGAUCAUGUGUGCCGCAUCUGCAGCGGACUCAACACAGUACAGAGGCAGUGAACCGGCCGAAGGCCUGUCUCUCCGGGCUUAAUUAUAAAUUAACCCUGUGGCUGUGCCGUUGUGGAAAUCUCCUAAUUCGGCCUUUCUGGCCGCCAAAAUAACUGAUUUAUCAUUCUCUCAAUUUGUUCACUCUACCGGCAGUUACAUAGGCUCUCGAUCUCGUUUAUGUCCAAUUUCCAAGAUGGGAGACUGGGAAGUUUUUGGAUUUUCUGCCCUUGUUGUGAGCCUCAUCGUGGCCGGAGUGAAGAGGAACUCCAUUGCGAAUUUCAUUCAGGAUUUUAAAGAUGUAUCCAGCUUAGCCAAAGCUCUAAUUGGCAUCAAAGGGGCAGAAAGGAAAAAUAAAACUGUCAUUACUGUCUUAACGGAUGGAGUGUCGCAUUAUCCAGACCGUCCCUUUUUGCUCUAUCAAGAUGAAAAAUACACAUACAGAGAUGCAGAGUCAGAGUCCAACCGCAUUGCCCGAUGGGUAAAGAUGAACUCUGAUUUGAGCCAAGAUGAAACAGUGGCAGUCCUCAUGAAGAAUGAACCGUCUUUUAUAUGGAUGUGGCUAGGUUUUGCCAAGCUAGGAGUUGGAACAAGCCUUCUCAAUUACAACCUGAAAGGAGAGAGCUUGAUGCAUUGCAUGAGAAUUAGCAAUGCGAGAUACUUAGUGAUGUCAAGAGCUUUCAUCGACAUUGCCAAGGAGCUCCUUCCUGAACUGCAGCAACUUGGAAUCAAAGUAUGGGUUUUGGGUAGCAUCUCCAAUGGUACAAAGGUUCCUGAUGGAAUGGUUGCCAUGGAUACCGGUCUCGUGACAGGAAAUCCACUCCCAGCCGAUCAUCUAGCUCCCAUCACCCAUAGCACAAUAGCAUCUCUUAUCUUUACCUCUGGUACUACAGGUCUCCCAAAAGCAGUGAAAGUGCCUCAUAAAACCCCAAUAAAAGCACACUAUGCAUGGUCUCUAUGUGGAGGUCUCAAGCCAACAGAUGUCCUGUAUGUCUCUCUUCCUCUCUACCAUUCUUCAGGCCUUUUAAAUGGUGUCCUCAGCUGUCUCAGUGCAGGCUGCACAGUAGCUCUAGCACCCAAAUUUUCAGCAUCACGCUUCUGGGAUGACGUCCGCAAGCACAAAGCCACAGCCUUUCUGUAUAUUGGCGAACUUUGCAGAUAUCUUCUUGCGCAACCUGAAAAGCCAAAUGAUGGCCAAUACCCAAGCCCUUUGAGAAUUGCGUAUGGCAAUGGCUUGGGGGCAGAUAUUUGGGAGCGGUUUCAGAAGCGUUUCAAGAUCGAGAAAGUAGUAGAGUGGUACACCGCAACAGAGGCAUCGGGAGGAUUCAUCAAUACCGAUGGGAAGGUUGGAGCCGUAGGAAGGUACUCCUGGUUGGCAGAAAAACUUGCAGGAAACUGUGUUGUGGUUGAAUGUGACUUUGCUACCGCCCAACCCAUACGAGGGUCUGACGGGAAAUGUAAACCGGUUUCGAGAGGUGAGACAGGGCUGAUGCUGUUCAAACUGGACAACUUCAACAAGUUCCUUGGCUACCGCGGUCCCUCGCAUCAGACCCAGAACAAGCUGGUCCGUGAUGUCAAGAAGACCGGUGACCUGUUCUUCAACAGUGGUGACCUGAUGAUGAUUAAUGUGGAUGGAUAUGUGUACUUCAAAGACAGACUAGGAGACACUUUCAGGUGGAAAGGGGAAAAUGUAUCCACAAUUGAGGUAUCCAACAUCAUGAGCAGACUGCCAUCUAUAAUGGAAUGCAAUGUCUAUGGAGUGGAGGUCCCAGGUUGUGAAGGAAGAGCUGGAAUGGCUGCCAUUGUUCUACAAGAUGGCCACAAUCUAGAUUUCAAACACCUCUACGACCACGCCACCAACCAUCUCCCGGACUAUGCAUGCCCCAAGUUCAUCCGUGUCAUGCUCGAGAUGGACAUCACCACUACCUUCAAGCACAAAAAGAAACAGCUGGUCAGCCAGGGAUUCAACAUAGAGACAAUUUCCGAUGACCUCUAUGUCGUCGACAAGGCCAAAGGUGCUUAUGUUCAAAUUAGUUCCAACAUUAUGGAAAGUAUACAGCGAGGAAGUUUCAAACUUUAAGCUGUUUGGGGUUCAUCACUUUUCUUUUGCUUACUCUCAAUUAAUCCUUGAAGGGUGUAGUUUUCUUCACGAAGUGCUUUUUCUGUACUCUUUAUCUUUUGAUCCAUUCUUUUGUAAUGAUAUAUAUAUCUUUCCUUUUUUAACCCUAAUUCUCCCGGGGGGGGGCCAUAAUGGCCCCCCCCUCGACAAUUUUCGCGAUAUAUCCGCUGCGCAAAAUUUUUUGACCUCGCCGCUCACUGACUUUUUACUUUCAAGUCUCGCGCAAAUUUUGAGACCAAAUUUGUGACGCCCGGAUACGCGGUUACGACAUUACGCAACAUUAUGUAAGUGCAUGUCAGACCCAAAAUUGCUCAUAAACGUGAUUUCAUGUACAAAUCCAAUGCAAAUUGUGUAUUUAGCCAAAAUUCAUAAAUGUAUCAUUAUUUCUACUUUUACUGAUUGAAUUUAAUUAAUUUUGCCUUGCUUAUGAUCAGAAUUAAGUCUGGAACGAUUUCCAUUGAAAAAACAAUAAAAAACAAAAAGUAAAAAAAACAAGGAAAUACAUAAGAAAUUCAUAAAACAAUAAAAUACAUAAGAAAUUGAUUUCCAAACCGAAGUUUUUUUAAAUUGCGAUUGUUAAGAAUGCUACAAAGAAUAUUUUAACCAAAAAUUAGCAUUCUAGGAGCUUUAUUUAGUGAAUUAGAGCAAAAAGUAUGAUUUAUGCAUAAAUUAGCAUAAUUAAUUCAUAUAAAAUAAAAUCUCAUUAUUUUGGAAAAUUUUACCAUACAGCCUUGUAGAUUACAUCGCACACAACCAGCAUGCAAAUUUUUGCGUCGCUCGAGCGAUCAGCGGCCGAGAUCUUAAGGGGGGGCCAUAAUGGCCCCCCCCCGGGAAUGACAAGAAUAAAAAUACCCCGGGUGAUUGAGGGUUAAGUAUGAAAUAUGAAUGUUUCUUCAACUUUGGAUAUGAAUUGGAGAAAAGCCAUCGUAUUUCACAUGCUAUUCUUUUAUCCUUAUUUUAAUUUCUUUUUUAUAUAACUGGUAAUUUGAAAAAAAAGAAUGCGUUAUUAGUGAAAACCCAUAACUCCUAAAACAAGCUAAAAUAGUGGUGCUUAUAAUAUAAAAUGUUGUUCUGUUUAUGAUGGUUUGUUAUUGUAUAGGGAAUAUUGCUGCUUUCAAGAUAUAAAGCCAUUUUUGUAUUAAGAGAUCCUAUAUGAAGUACUUGGUUUUAUGUUUUCUAUUGAGGGCUGCAUGCGUUGUCUUUCUUUCUAUUCUGUGUUUUGUUUUCAUGGUUACUGAAGCUUUAUGGUUCUGAAAAUUGCAAGUUUCAGGCAUUUCAAUAUAAGACUGAGAUUUACCAUGCGGUUCACGCUGAUUUCUCACAUGUAUGACAAUGUUAUUGUUCCAUAGGUCGAGAUUCUGUAGCAAAACUAUAAAUAUUUCUAUAAUUGUCAACGAAAGUAAUUAGUAAAACCAAAGUUUAACAAGUUUGCAUACAUGUGCAGAAGUGAUUUGGUGGCUUGGUAAAUCAUUAGCUACGCAACCCAAUAUCGCAUGUUAUACAAGAAUAGUGUCAAUAUGAAGCCCCAAAAAUUCAAAUAAUAAAUAUAUUGUCAUGUGCUUCAAAAGAAGUCCAUUUAUGUGCAAGUGGCUGUAUGUCACCACUUAUAUUUUCCUUUACAAAUAAUAGCUUAAAGCCUACCACACACAAUGUGAUCGGAUCACAUUUCUUUUAUUAAAAGACCUGUCAAGAUCUUUCAUUGAUAUGAGUAAUAUAAAUAGUUGAAAGCUACAUGUAUGUUUGUCAGUCUUUGUUAAUUAUUUCGUAGCCUCAUUGUAUAUACAAUUAUACUUUGGAAAAUAAAAUAAUCAUUUAUUUUUGUCAUAUAUUUCUACUGAGAUACAUACAGGGUAUAUUUCGAUUCAUUAAUCAGGUCAAAGUGAUUUUUAUUUUUUUACAUUCGAAAUGAUGCUAUUUGAAAUCACCUUCAACUUCUAAGCUCUUGGCAUAUAUUGCUUAUCUUAUAGACAAAAAAAAGAAAACAAACAAAAACACUAUCAGCAUUAUUUGACAAACCUGUCAGAUGGGCAUGAAUAAAAUUUGUUGAUCUCUGCAAAAUUUACGAAUUUCUAUUUAGUACAGCAUUAAAAACAAAUGAUUUUAUUUUGUAUUUGUUUCCUGAAGUGCGUAUUUAGAAGCCUCGCUGGCAUUUUGUGUGUGUGUCAAAUUUAAAACUUUCACUGCCAAAAGACUCUAUAUUUGGAUUUUU